GAGGGAGAGCCUCUCCGAGUGGGGCUGUUUGUUGCGGAUAUAUCUGAAAGUAGCCGAAGCGACGGCUGCUGCUGCGGAGCUCCACCGACUGGACAGAAGCAGCUCCGAGCACCGGGAGACACGAGAACUCGACGGCAGGACUCCCAACACAGGGCUCGCAGGAUUUAUUCGCUUUAAUUACAGGACUGAGGCAGGAAGUCGGAGCUGUGACACUUAGUCAGCACAAGGCCCACAGCGAUAGGACGAUGGCCCUCAGUGAUGCCGAUGGAGACCCUCCAUCACUCAGCAAUGGAGGCCCCCAUCCUCUGAGCACAAACAGAACCCCCCCGUCCUGCAGUAGCCAGGACCCUCCAUCAGCUGAUGAGUCUGGAGUUCAGCCGCCGCACGUCGAGAGGCCAAGUCAGAACGGCAGCGUCCUCCAACAGAAUGGUUCCCUGAGGAAUCUGCCCCCACCAUCAGCAGCUUCGCCCUCCCCCGCUGUCAAAGACCCCCAGAGUCCAGCCAGACACCCCCUUCCCUCCACCCUGCCCCCACCUUCUUCAUUCUGUUGCCCCCACUGCCAUCUCCGCUCCACCCUGUGCUGCCCCUGCGGUCAACAGGAGUGCCCUCUCUUCCAGAGCCUGACCUCUGACCCCCACCAGGGCACCGUUGCAUCCUGCCCGCCCUGCCUCUCCACCUGCACAUACUCACACCCUCAUCACCCGUCCUCCCCCGCCUCCCUUCAUCACCACCAGCGCUUGCAGGAGCAUCUGCAGAGUCCGAUCCAGGUCGCUGGGAUCAGGUAGGAGGACAAAAGUUUGUUUCCUUCAGG